AUGGAAGGCUCCGCGGUCAGGUUCAACCGGGACCACGGCAUGGAUUGGAACAAGUGGAUCCGCGAGGGCAUCCCUUACGCUGAGAAGCUCAAGGCCUCGCUCUUUCCGAGUGAGCCCGACAAGUCCACAGCGCCGGACGUUCCACAGACGCGUAUCACGCUGACCAAGGCAGACGAUAUCGAGAAGACAGGAACAGCCAUCGCAAACUUCAAGGCUUGGCUGUCCGACGAGAGUCGGAAGGACGAGACGGAGUUUGAAGUCAUGUCCACGAACGCGUACCUCAGGAGAUUUCUAUACGAAACGUUUGCGGCAGAUUUCCCAGACAUAAUGGCCGAGUCGAGGCCCACGGAUCAGAGAGGAGUUUCUGUUUUUGUUGCUCUGCGUCUGAGCGAAGCUCAGAGGGCUGAAAGGGCCGCAGCGAAGCGGGCUGCCAGUGAAGCUGAGUUUGCGCGGAAGGUUGGGUUCACCCGGGUUUUCAAGGCCAUUGCUGAUGCCAAGAAACCGGUGAUUGGACACAACUGCAUGUACGACUGGCUCUUUGCCAUCUCACACUUCGAAGGACCUCUGCCGGAGUCGUACGAGGAGUACAAGCAUUUUACGGGCUGCGCCAACUACACGUGGCAGGAGCCCUUCAAGUUUGCGCCUGGGCCAGACAAGGCCCACCGCUUUGGCAGCACAGCCCUGGCAGAAGUCUACAAAGUCUUCGAGCAGGAGGCGGCGGCGUCCAAGAAGGCCGGUGCCCCGUCCGUGGAAGUCGUCCUCGCACCCGGUUUCGAGCGGUACGGCCCCGGGUGCGCCGCCUUCCACGAGGCAGGGUACGACGCAUACAUCACUGGCUGUGCGUUUGCCCACAUGGCCAAGGAGGCGCUUUCUGCCGAGCGUGCCCCAGGGCUCAUCGGCCGCACGCCCAUGUUUAGAGGCCUGUUCCACUUCAACCUGAGUGGCCAGGAUGACAUGGUUGCCAAGGGAAUCUACGUGCACGUGCGCGGCCUCAAGGGCCGCUCCGCCGCCGACCUCCGCGCGGCGUUCUCCGACGCCCGUGGCCCGAGCGGCGACCCCAUCGAGGCCGCGGACGUUCAGAUCCGGUGGAUCGACGACGACAGCGCCUUCGCCGUGCUGCCGGAGCCGUGCGCGGGCGCCGUCGCGAAGCUGCUGGGGGCAGGGCCGGUGGGCGGGCUCACCCUCACCUCUGGGGACAGCUGGUUCGCCGCGCAGGGGUGCGAGGCCGAGCCCCCCGCGCAGAAGCGC